AUGGCCGGCAGAAAAAGUAAGAAAACCUUAAACAGAACCAGCCAAGACGAAAAACCUCCAUCGUCGCUUUGCGAUAAUCAACGAGCAGAUAAUGCCGUCUUUAGGUCAAAGAUUGGCGAUGUUUUGAUUACGAUUAAGGCCAAACCGGGCUCAAAGGAAAACGCUGUUACAGAUAUUAGCUCCGAUGGAAUUGGGAUCCAAAUUGCAGCUCCAGCCAGAGAAGGAGAGGCAAAUAGCGAAUUGAUCAAGUUUCUAUCAUCAAUCUUAAAAGUCAAGAAAAGCUCAAUCUUGUUAGAUAAAGGCUCGAAGUCACGCCAUAAAACUAUCUGUGUCAACAAAAAUGCAGACUUGACAGAAAAGCAAGUGCUAGAAUUACUUCAAGAAACAUUAUCACAAUAG